AUGGUUAACGGUAUCGUAACACUGUUGUACUCGAGAAAUUACUUACCAGGUGUUUUCACCGUUGGUUUUCAACUCCAAGAAAUCGUGACUGAUAAAUCACAGUGGUCUACUUGUGUUCUGAUUUCGGACAGGCUUCUUCGAGAAGAUCUGCGAGAGAACGAGAUCGAAGUACUUGACAGACUUUAUGAUGAGGUCAUAAGCGUCGAUCUCAUGAAGAUUGAAGAUUCAUGGGUCGAAAGAAACCGCGAGAAUCUGGCUCUGCUAGAACGACCAGAGUUAGCAUUUACGUUUUUGAAAUUAGAACUUUGGAAAUUAGUCCAGUUCCAGCAGUUAUUGUACUUGGAUACCGAUGUGCUCAUUUUGAAUCCUGGGUUUUUGAGCAUUCUCGAUCUGACCUCGGGCCAGACAGUUGAUCAAAUUGGAGCUGUUCCUGAUUGCGGGUGGCCCGACAUGUUUAACACCGGCGUAAUGAGUAUUGUUCCCAGCAAUAGAAUAUAUUCGGAGUUAGUGAGCUUUGUUUCAAACACGACCUCCAUUGACGGCGCAGACCAAGGUAUUCUAAAUCAAUUUUUCAAUCCUAAUUGUCAACUACAAAAUGGCACAAAGGAUUGGAUAAGGCUUCCGUUCUUGUUCAAUGUAACUGUUCCCAAUGCAGGCUACCAAAGUACCCCGGCAAUUCGGUUCUUUGAGAACGAAAUAAAAUUAGUGCAUUUCAUAGGUAAGCAUAAACCAUGGCUUGGGAACUCGAAUGAUCAAUUUAGAAACAAAUGGUGGAGUUACUAUUUCAAGUUUCUCCAAAAAUACUAUUCGGUUGAAGACUAUGAUGUUUCUGACGCGCUUAAACGUCUAUCGACGGGAGACAUUACGCACUUUGAAGAACCUGACUAUGCGACCAAUAAAUCCUCGGUGACAGAGAAUUCCACAGAUAGUGAUUCGCAACCUAAUCCAAACGAGGAUUGCGAUGCAGCUUGUGAAUACGAUCAUGAGGAUCAGCAACACAGUGAUAAGGGCAAGCAUUCAGACACCGAACUAACUAGUAACCAAAACUUUGAUGUGUUAUCUAGCGCGGCCUCAGAAGUCCUCGAUAAAAGCCAAAUUGAAGUAGUUGAUGAAUAUGCAUGGGAUGCCACAAAAGAACCUCCACCAAAAGAUGGUAAGCCGGAAGCGUCUACUAUAAAUUUAGAUGCCGAAUUUGAAUGGAACCAUAGCGAUGUUCUCGUAGAUGAUCAUCUUCCCCAUGUAGAAGCUAUUCCUAAGCCCAUUUUUCCAUGGGAAGUCGACAGAGAUCUUUCUGAAGUACAACGUGUCUUUCCAGAUAACGUAGACGGUACCAAAAUUCAAUCCUAA